AUUAUAUCAAUAUAUUUACAGUCUAUGAUUUUGCCAUGUGUGUGCCCUUUUUAUGUGACCGUAUAUUUCCGAAGGAACCAUUCGUUGCUGUCGUACUGCACCUACACGGGCAUGUUUCUCCGACACACUUGUUCAGAGACGCAGCGUUUGAAAUGGCUGUUACCCUUCACACUGAUCUAGGAGAGAUUAAAAUUGAAUUGUUUUGUGAACGGGCCCCGAAAUCAUGCGAGAACUUUCUUGCUUUGUGUGCCAGCGGGUUCUACAACGGCUGUGUCUUUCACCGCAAUAUUAAAGGUUUCAUGGUUCAAACUGGAGAUCCUACAGGCACAGGCAAAGGAGGAACAAGUAUAUGGGGCCGCAAAUUUGAAGAUGAGUACAGUGAACACCUAAAACAUAAUGUAAGAGGAGUGGUCUCAAUGGCAAACAAUGGCCCCAACACAAAUGGCUCCCAGUUUUUCUUCACAUACGCCAAACAGCCCCAUCUAGACAUGAAGUACACAGUGUUUGGAAAGAUUAUAGAUGGCCUGGAAACACUGGAUGAACUGGAGAAACUGCCUGUCAAUGAAAAGACGUUCCGACCACUGACUGAAACCCGGAUCAAGGAUGUGACCAUUCAUGCAAACCCUUUUGCUGGAUAGACUGUUUCCUCUUCAAAUGUGCAGAUAGGCCUUUAACAC